CAGCGACGAGCAGACGCGCAACGACCCGCCCAACGAACAUCGAUCGACCACCGAUUCUUCCACACACACCAUCGCAAUGUCGACCAAAGCACAAGGAAAGAAGCCCGCGGGCAAGACCGGCCGCAGCGCCAUCGAGGACGUCGUCGCCCGCGAAUACACCAUCCACCUCCACAAGAGGGUCCACGGCGUCAGCUUCAAGAAGCGUGCUCCCCGUGCCAUCAAGGAGAUCCGCGCAUUCGCUGAAAAGGCUAUGGGCACAUCCGACGUCCGCCUCGACCCUCAAUUGAACAAGAAGGUCUGGGAAUCCGGAAUCAAGGGUGUCCCGUUCCGCCUCCGUGUCCGCAUCUCGCGUAAGCGUAACGACGAGGAGGGCGCCAAGGAGAAGCUCUACUCCUACGUCCAGGCCGUCAACGUCAAGAACCCCAAGGGUCUCCAGACCGCCGUCGUUGAGGACGCCGCAUAAGCGAGCGAAUCUUGAAAAAAGAAAAAGUUUGCUGCUGUGCAUGGAGCGAUUGAAAGGAGGCAUACCCGGCGUUCAGGUGAUGGCCAUCUUUGGCUGAAGAGCGCAGACUCAGUCGCGCCGGAAUUCAUGAUACGGAGACAACUGCCAUACCAAUCAACACUUCACCACAAUC